AUCAAACGCUCAUCCUGAGUAGGGAAAGCGAGCUGUAGUUCUGUUUCGUGCCCGGCGUCCUUUCCUUCUUUAACUCCCAUUCCUGCUCCUUCCCGCGGACUCCGUGCUUCCCGCAGGCCUGUCGGGGCUCCGGACUCGCAGGCACAGCUGAGUUGAUGGCUUCCGAAGAACUGGGAUAGCUACAGAAUAUGAGCAGUUCCCCGAGAAGAUUUCAUUGCCUUUGGCACGAGCAUCAGAAUAAAGAAUCUGUCAGGUGAAGGUGUAUUUUUGCUUUAUAAUUUGGCUAGAAGCAAUUUAUUUUUGAAGAAAGUAUGUCUCCUUUGAAGAUACAUGGUCCUAUCAGAAUUCGAAGUAUGCAGACUGGGAUUACAAAAUGGAAAGAAGGUUCCUUUGAAAUUGUGGAAAAAGAGAAUAAAAUCAGCCUAGUAGUUCACUACAACACUGGAGGAAUUCCAAGGAUAUUUCAGCUAAGUCAUAACAUUAAAAAUGUGGUGCUUCGACCCAGUGGAGCAAAACAAAGCCGCCUAAUGUUAACGCUACAAGAUAACAGCUUCUUAUCUAUUGACAAAGUACCAAGUAAGGAUGCAGAGGAAAUGAGGUUGUUUCUAGAUGCAGUCCAUCAAAACAGACUUAAUGCAGCCAUGAAAACUUCUCAGGGGUCUGGUAGUUUUGGAGCUAUUCUGGGCAGCAGGACCUCACAGAAGGAAACCAACAGGCAGCUUUCUUACUCAGAUAAUCAGGCCUCUUCAAAAAGAGGAAGCUUGGAAACUAAAGAUGAUACUCCAUAUCGAAAAGUUCUUGGUAAUCCAGGUAGAGGAUCCAUUAAGACCACAGCAGGAAAUGGAAUAACUGUCACCCGAACGAUUCCCUCUUUGACAUCUACAUCAACACCUCUUAGAUCAGGGUUAUUAGAAAAUAGAACUGAAAAGAGGAAAAGAAUGCUGUCUGGCUCAGAGCUGAAUGAAGAUUACCCUAAGGAAAAUGAUUCAUCAUCGAACAACAAGGCUAUGACAGAUCCCUCAAGGAAGUAUUUAACCAGCAGUAGAGAGAAGCAGCUGAGUUUGAAACAGUCGGAAGAGAAUAGGACAUCAGGGCUUUUACCCUUGCAGUCAUCCUCUUUUUAUGGCAGCAGAUCUGGAUCCAAAGACUACUCUUCCAGCAGCACUAAUCUAGACAGGACUAAUGUUUCAAGCCAAACUCCCUCUGCCAAAAGAAGUUUAGGAUUUCUUCCUCAGCCAGUUCCUCUUUCUGUUAAAAAACUGAGGUGUAAUCAAGAUUAUACUGGCUGGAACAAACCAAGAAUGCCCCUUUCCUCUCAUCAGCAGCAACUGCAGGGCUUCUCCAACUUGGGAAAUACCUGCUAUAUGAAUGCUAUUUUACAAUCCCUAUUUUCACUCCAGUCAUUUGCAAAUGACUUGCUUAAGCAAGGUAUUCCAUGGAAGAAAAUUCCACACAAUGCACUUAUCAGACGCUUUGCACACUUGCUUGUUAAAAAAGAUAUCUGCAAUUCAGAGACUAAAAAGGAUUUACUCAAGAAGGUUAAAAAUGCCAUUUCUGCUACAGCAGAGAGAUUCUCUGGUUAUAUGCAGAAUGAUGCUCAUGAAUUUCUAAGUCAGUGCUUAGACCAGCUGAAAGAGGAUAUGGAAAAAUUAAAUAAAACUUGGAAGACUGAAUCUGUUCCUGGAGAAGAAAAUUUACCAGAUAUUUCAGCCACUAGAGUAUACACUUGCCCUGUUAUUACUAAUUUGGAGUUUGAGGUUCAGCACUCCAUUAUCUGUAAAGCAUGUGGAGAGAUUAUUCCCAAAAGAGAACAGUUUAAUGACCUCUCCAUCGACCUUCCUCGAAGGAAAAAGCCACUUCCUCCACGUUCAAUUCAAGAUUCUCUUGAUCUUUUCUUUAGGGCAGAAGAACUUGAGUAUUCCUGUGAGAAGUGUAGUGGGAAGUGUGCUCUUGUCAGACACAAAUUUAACAGGCUACCCAGGAUCCUCAUUCUUCAUUUGAAGCGAUAUAGCUUCAAUAUCACUCUCUCACUUAACAACAAGAUUGGACAGCAAGUCAUCAUUCCAAGAUACCUGACCCUGUCAUCUCAUUGCACUGAAAAUACAAAACCACCCUUCACCCUCGGUUGGAGCGCACAUAUGGCAAUUUCUAGACCAUUGAAAGCCUCUCAAAUGGUGAAUUCCUGCAUCACCAGCCCUUCUACACCUUCAAAGAAUUUCUCCUUCAAAUCCAAGAGCUCAUUGGCUUUGAGCCUUGAUUCAGACAGUGAGGAUGAACUAAAACGCUCUGUGGCCCUUAGCCAGAGACUUUGUGAAGUGUCAGGCUGUGAACAACAGCAGGAAGACCUGGAAAAGGAUUCAAAAUCAUGCAAAAUAGAGCCUGAUAAGUCUGAAUUAGAAAACUCAGGAUUUGAUGGAAUGAAUGAAGAAGAGCUUCUGGCAGCUGUUUUAGAGAUAAGUAAGAGAGAAGCUUCACCAUCUCUGAGUCAUGAAGAUGAUGAUAAACCAACCAGCAGCCCAGAUACUGGAUUUGCAGAGGAUGAUAUUCAAGAAAUGCCUGAAAAUCCAGAACCUAUGGAAACUGAGAAACCCAAAGCAAUCACAGAGCCAGAUCCAGCCAGAUUUACUGAGAUAACUAAAGACUGUGACGAGAAUAAAGAAAACAAAACCCCAGAAGGAUCUCAAGGAGAGGUUGAUUGGCUUCAGCAGUAUGAUAUGGACCGUGAAAGGGAAGAACAAGAGCUUCAACAGGCGUUGGCUCAGAGCCUCCAGGAGCAAGAGGCUUGGGAACAGAAAGAAGAUGACGACCUCAAAAGAGCUACAGAGUUAAGCCUUCAAGAGUUUAACAACUCGUUUCUGGAUUCAUUGGGUUCUGAUGAGGACUCUGGGAAUGAGGAUGUUUUGGAUAUGGAGUACACAGAAGCUGAAGCUGAGGAACUGAAGAGAAAUGCUGAGACAGGAUAUCUUCCUCAUUCCUAUCGGCUCAUCAGCGUGGUCAGUCACAUUGGUAGCACUUCUUCUUCAGGUCAUUACAUUAGUGAUGUGUAUGACAUUAAGAAGCAGACGUGGUUUACUUAUAAUGACCUAGAGGUAUCUAAAAUCCAAGAGGCUUCCGUGCAGAGCGAUCGGGAUCGGAGUGGUUACAUCUUCUUUUAUAUGCACAAGGAGAUCUUUGAUGAGCUGCUGGAAACAGAAAAGAACUCUCAGGCACUCAGCAUGGAAGUGGGGAAGACCACUCGUCAGGCCUCAUGAGGAACAAACCCCGGGGUUGGCAGUGUGCACUGCAUACUCUCCCUUACUGUCAGCCAUCUCACCUUUCCUCCGCCUGAAGAGAGUUUUGAACUCUACUUGAUGCAGGAGCAACAAACAGCUCAGGGCCAAACCAAAAGACAGAAAUUGCAAUUAUGUGGAAAGCUCCAUGCUAACUGUUUUAUGGAAACUUUGGUCUCACCUCUAUAGCUGAUUAUCCUCUUUUUCUCCUACGAGAGUAGCACUUCCUUUUGUCUUAGAAAUUCUUGUUGUAAAUAUAUAUAUAUGUACAUACACACAUAUAUGUGGAAUGAUUGGAGCCUUAAAGAGUUAGGAUGAGCCACCAGAGUAUGCCUGCUCAAAAUCAGUAGCACAGCAGUUUGGAGAAGAAAUGAAGUUGUCCAAGAGCCCAUUCACCUGAGAAAUGUGUGCAGAUAUACAUAUCAGUUGGCAUUUAGCUUUUAUGUUCCUUGAGUAGUCUCACUCAAGUCUGUGUAAUCUUUCAUGUGUGUUUCUUAUUAGUAAAGUUCACUGGAAAACCAGCUCUCCGUGUUACACUAAUGACAGCUUGUCCUCCUUGCAAAGGAGGGGCAUUUCUGCCACCUGACUUGGGGGGCUUUUUUAAAAAAAAUUCAUGGAUUUGUAAUGCUUUUGCUGUUUACAUGCAGUCCCAAGAAAUGAUGGAUUGUUGUUGGUGCUUGGAAUGUGUUAAGGUCCCACAUUGGUAUUUAUUGUACACUUUGUAUUUUCUUUAAAGAGAUUCUUUCACACACUAUGUUCAUUGUAUAUCAUUUACAUUAUAGUGGAGAAGAUAGAAUCUUUUUUUUUUUUUCCUGUAUCAUUCUUUUCUGGAGCAAGCAUUAUCCUAUCUGAGUUCAAUCAAAACUUUAAGAGGUAGGAAAAUAAUAUUGUCCCAGUUGGGACUCCCCAGCAAGGAUCCUUAAGGAUGAGGAAGAAUGCUAGGAUCUCUGUCUCUCAAACAGAGUGGUCAAGAGGAGUGUUCUUGUGUUAAAAGCUGAAGCUCUGGACCACUAUAGCUAAAAGCCCUACUACAGUGUGAAAUAAAUACAUGAGCUAGAGGAUAGAGCUUGAACGUUUAACCAUUCGCUGUCUGGCUUUGCCCUUAAAACAGGGUGAGAGUUAAAGUGUGAUUGGUUUAGGUAAUCCCAAGAACUAACAUAACAAAGGUGCAUAAUGUAUUUAUCCUACUUUUUAGGUGCUUGGAGUUGAGGUUAGUGGAAGUACAGCAUUAAUUGCUGCAUUAGUCACUUAGCUGACAUAAUCAGCUUGGUUAAGCAGCUUCUGAAACCAUAUAAAGAAUGAGUUUGAGAGUAGAAUUCUGUCCAAAAAAUAAUUUUGUAAGCCUAGGGAUCAUUAGGAUCAUACAGAGUUAAAUACAGCAAUCUGAAACCUUCACUAUUUUGUUUUUCUUUUUCUUUUUUCCUUUUGUUGUAAACAAGAUUAGCGUUUGGAAGUAGAGAGAAAACCAUAUUUGGUUUUCAAGGGGAGAAAACAUUGUAAAGUUCAUUAUCACAGAAGAUGCAACAUCUUUUCUGGAAAAUUGCAUUAAGAGAGCUCCAGCCCCACUCUUGAAACUUGGAUGUGUUCUGAUGUAGUAACCUUUUCUAAAAUUUUGAAUCUUUAGAUUAUAAACAGCCCCAGUACUUUUGCUUAACUACCGAUAAAAGCUUUGCCUUUUACCAUUUACUUAGAUGUUACUCUAGUGAACAUUCCAAAUGGUGCGGUGGUAGGAUAUGCAGUAGUAGUGUCAAGCAGAGGAAAAUAUGUCUUUUAAAAAUUAACUGCUUAUGUUUUAUUUCCACUGGGGAGCCUUUUUUUUUCCCCUCAAAAAUAACUGGUUUUUCUCAUACAAGUGAAGUGGUGAUCAAAUUCUUUAGCUAUUUAUUAUUUCUCUUCCCUGUGUCUGUAUUUGGAAGCUUUGAGAGGUGAUGUUAAAAAUGAUUGGGAAUGAUUUGAAGUGAGGGGUACAUUCGGGCAUCUUAAAAAAAGUGAGAAAUAAUGCCAUAAGCCUAGAUUGCCCAUGAAGUUCCCUCGUUGACUUGCCUUUCAUAGCUUGUGUGUGGUGUACGGUUUAGAAGCACUCUUGGCUCAGAAACCUAAUUCAAUUUCAUCUUCAUGCCUUGGGCAGGACUUGUUAGUUGAAUGAAUACAGGUUACUGGGGUAGAUGAGUUAUCUCACUGAAUUUUCCUUGAUAGCUGUUCAUUGAUAGCUGCUCAGUCUUCUCCUCUCCCUUUACUCCUUUAACUAUUACUCCUUUUCAAAGUUACUUUCUUGUUUUGGUUUAGUGAAGGAAUAACUAAACAGAUGGAGAUUUUAUCUGGACCAUGUUGAUGGAGUUCAUUGUUUUGGUUUUUGUUUUUGAGCUGACUGUAUAUAUUUAAAAAUUAUAAGUAGGUAAUAUUUUUUGUGCAGUAUGAUCAGUUUGCUCAGAAUCGGGAGGGCGGAGCAUUUGGUAUGUUGUGCCAAGAAGGGACAACUUAAAUAGGGACAGAAUGCUUCAGUCCCAGGCAGCCUGCACAAUAACUUUCCUAUUGAAAAUAGCACAUGUGGUUACAUUACUCUAAAGGACAUUGAAUUGGAACUUGACAGCACUUAGUUCUGCACACAACUGAUCUUAAUUGGAUUUUUUGAAAGGGAAAACUGAAAUUCAAACAUACUGAUUUUUGUCAGGUAAUGAUAUAACGGAGAAUUGGAAGGUUGCAUGUAGCCAGAUGCUCUCUCUCAUCACUUUAGUAGCCAUGGCUAUAAUUUAAGCCUGUGAGAAGAUAGACUGUUUUGUGGGCAAAAUAUUUAUGUGUGUGUGCACACUCGAGUUUUGUUUCAACAGGCUAGAAAAGAAGCAAACCCAUGAUGACUUGUUCUAUUUAUAUUUUUAUUCCAAACACUAUUUGUUUACUUGCCAUGCUCUGUUAAUUGGAGGCCUGAUUUAAUGGCUCAGUAGCAAAUGUAACAAAUGUAAAUGUGUUUACAUUUUAAGAAGUGUGCAGUGAUACCUAAAUAUCAGCUAACUCUAGGAGGCAAACAUUAAACUACACAUUUCUUUCUCUCUUUGAUCUAGUGUAAAAUUCUUUUAAAAGAGAAGCUUUAAGAAUUAAAACCUCAGCAAGUGAAUUCCUGACUUGACUUACCCUUCCAUACUGUGGUUACCAUUAUAUAACUAUAUAAAUAUAGUUACAGCUAUAGAUAUAGUUGUAUAAUGAAAACUUUGAAAACACUUAAAUUCUUGGCAGUGUCUCAUAUAUAGUUAGUUGAUCGUUGUGAGUGUAGAGAGAGCAUGGGGGAUGGGGCGGAAACACAGAAAGAAGGUAGUUUAUAAACUCAUUUGUGAUCUGAAAAGAGAUUAUAUUAAAUGAAAACAUUACCCUUCUCGUUCACUCCUCUCUCCUCUGAAAUGACACAGUGAUGCUUUUGGUCAUCCAGUCUUUCUUUUGCCCUGUUUGAUUUAAUUGACCCCCUUAGGCAGUGUUUUAAGUCAGGAAAACAGCUAGAUCUCCAAGUACAUGUGGAUCUUGUAUCUAUAUGGAGAUUUUUAGAAAAAGCAACAACCCAGUACCAGUUACAAGUCACAUAAAAGUGUCCCCCGAAAACAGAUGUCUUUUUCCUUCCCCCAUCGUUUUACACUGAGUAAUUGCUCUCUUUAAAUGUGUACGAAAACCAGAUUUCUGACCUCUAACAUCUUUCUAACGCAUUAUUUCAAAAUCCUAAUUUUGUCUCUAGUAAUAGGUCUUACUAGCAUCUGAAGAAAUUUUGUUUUUAAUUGGGAAACUAUAGUUUGUUAGGCCUUGAGAGCUGUGUGACAAUUCUUUUGCUGUGUCUCACACCACAAUCAUUGAUUCCUAUGGCAUGUGUUGAUUACUAGGCUUCAGGCAGUCUCUUUGGUUGUAUCAUAUUUAUGAACAGUAAGUGUUCCUUUCCAUGUGUGCUAAGUGUCUGAGGUUUUGAAGUUGUAAUAAAAAGUGUGCCAGGAUGAAUAUAAGCAAUUGAUUUAGGUAACAUUGGAUUUAAAGUAUAGAGGUUCAAAGAAUAGGAGUGUACACUGGCGUAAGAAAUAGAGUGGAUUGAGGGUCUGGAUCAGAACCCAAGUUCAUUAGGCCAAAAUGCCAAAACAAGAGCAGUCAACUGGACUGCUCUGUUUCAAGAAUGGGGGAGGGGGUGCGAAGAGUGACCGCAUGUGGUUGUACAUACCUCUGGUCCCCAGGUUUCCUUCCCUCUGACUGCUCUGGCCUGUUAGUAUUUAUUUAUGCUACAGAAAGGAAAACAGAAGUAAGCUUCCUACACUUUGCCUAAUUGAGCCACUACCAGGUUUGCUGGCAGCUUGGGCCAUAUUAUCUGUGAGGUGAUUUUCUUUGUGUUCAGAGUGACUUCUGAUUCUAAUUCUUUAUGUUUUGUUUUGUAUGGAGCGGCACUUUAUCUGUGUUUUAGCAGAACUGUUCCUCUGUAUCCUUUACAGUUUUUUCUUGUUUUGGUUUCCUUUUUAAAUUAUGCAUAGAGUUUCUUUGUGUGCGAAAUUAAAGCCUUUAUUAACCUUG